AUGCUACAGCAACUGAACUUGCAUCUUAAACUGCAAUGCAACUGCAAAUGUAACGGCAACUCUUUAACUGCAACAGCACAUGCAACUGCAGCUGCACAUACCAAAGCAACUGCAAUUGCAAUUGAAACUGUAAAUAAAACUGCUCAUGCCACUGCAACUGCAAAUUCAACUGCACAUGAAAAGGUAACUGCACAUGAAACUGCAACUUCACAUUCAACUGACAUUUCUAAUGCAACUGUAGCUGCACGUGGAACUUUACAUGCAACUGCUAAUAUAACCCUUUUGCUUUGGGCGCUGCUUAUAAGCGGCGCGCACAGUAUGACCUCAAAAGCAAAUGCAACUUUGCAGGAAACCGCAACUGCGACUGCCACCGCAAAUGCAACUGCAACUAAAAUAGUAUCUGCUACUGCAACUACAACUGCACAUGUUACUGCAAUUACACAUGCAUCUGCAACUGCUACUGCUACUAAGACUGCACAUGCAAGUAAUACUGUAUCCGUAUCUAAACUUACCACUUCACAUUUAAAUGAAACUGUACAUGAGACUUCAACAGUACAGGAAAAUGAUACUGUACAUUUGACUGCUAAUAGUAAUAGAACUGCAAAUGGAACUACAACUAAAACACUAUCUAUAACUGCAACUGUAACUGCACAUGUAAAUUCAAUUACUUAUGCAUCUGCUAUUGCACAUACUACGGCAACUGUAAUUGUAACGGCAACUGUAACUUUAACUGCUUAUGCAACGGCAACUGCAUUUUUACAUAAUACUGCAACAGCAACUGCAACUACAUCUGCGACUGGAACUGCAACUGUACAUUUCUCUGUAAAUGCAACAGCAACGGACACUGCACAUGCAACUGCAAGUGAAAAAGCAAUUGCAACUGCAACUGUAACAGCAAAUGCAGCUGUAACUGCAAAUAAAACUGCACCUGCAACUGCACAUGCAAUCAAACUGCACAUGCAACAGUAA